AUCGCCAAUUGGUGACCACCGAGCAAACCUCUGUUGCUUUGAACACAGUUGACAAUGGAUGUUGCUCAAGUUCAUGCACACUUUGUAGAGGCAUGCUCCGAUUUACAGGUUCCGGCUACAAGAGCUGCAGCCGACGAAGUUUUAACUAACUUUCGACAAACUCCUCAAAUCUUGCCAGCAUGCCAGUACAUCCUAGAUAACACCGAUGCUCCUAUGGUUCAGUUUCAAGCAGCUGCUGCGAUAUGUGAGAUCAUCCUCCGUGAGUUUUCGGCUUAUCAGACACAGGAUUUGGUCAGCUUGAAAAAUUUUAUGUUGAAUUACUGCCUUCAUCGCCCAAACCUCCCAAAAUAUGUGCGAGACCAAUUGGUUUUGGCAGUGGCUACAAUCAUGAAGCGUGGAUUCAUGGAAUGGACGGAAACAGAACGCGAAAACAUGUUUACGAAUAUUAAAGAAUUGUGGGACAUGAAUAAUGAACAAGCGCCUGUGCUGGCCAGCGCUUUGAGCAAUGCGUAUGUUGAUCAGUUUUCAGAUAUGAAAGCGAGAGCUGUAGGUCUAAACUGGGAGUUCCAUCACAAGUGCAAAGUGUGGUUUGAACAUCAUAUGUUGCAGCGGCUUUUUCAACAUUCGCUACAAACACUUCAUCGUCAAUGCCACGGAAGAGAGAAUGUCGCUAUAGCUUCACCUACUCCUGACAUACUGUUCGAAACCGUCACUUUGGUGGAAAAGAUGUUACAUUGGGAGUUCGACGAGACCUCCGAUCACGCUGCGCUACCUGGAACAUCUGGAAUUGGCUCAAAAAACGAUAAUAGUGAUCUUGACAGCGAUGAACCUGAUGCGCGUCCAUCGUUUACCGUUUUCCCUCGAUCUUGGAGAAAUCUGGUUGGCAACCGUGAUAUCAUUUGGCUAUUCUUCACACUUUACCUCAUUGUACAACAUGACGAUAGACUCUCACACCGACUUCGCCAAUGUCUCAUUCAGCUCUCUGGACAAAAUGAAAAGUUUUUCGAUCAUGAGCAUGAAGCUAUUGUUGAAUAUGCAAAUGCAAUGAUAUUUGGCCUGCAAAAAUGCUUAAACAGCAUAUCGGCCACUAGCACAGAUGCUCAAUCGAUCGAAGAACAGGGGCCUCAAAUUUUAGGAGUGAUUCAAGUAGCUCGCCGCUUAAUAGAGAAUUUGCCAGUGUUGUUGUUAAGUCAGCAAGGAGAGUUCUACAUAUUUUUGAACGAUAUCGCAAAGUUGACCACAGUAUGCUUGCGUGGUACGGUAGAGGAUGUGGAUCAAGGAUGGAUUAGUGAAGCAUUUGAUGAAUGCCUUGCCACCUGGGUGUCACUUGUUGUUAAUCUGCAACAAGCUGAGGAGACAAGUCGAAAUAACAACAACGAGAAUGAGCGAAAGGAGAUAGAAAAAUUAUCACAGUUCCUCAAGACGUUCAGUUUUACAAUAGUUCAAAACUAUAUUGAUACUCGCAUAGAAAUGGCAAGUUCAAGUGUACAGGAUGAUGAUGAAGAACUUGAUGGAGGGAUGAAAGAUAGAGAACUAUAUGCCGAUCAACUUAUAAGUAUUGCCACUUUGGCACGUCUGGAUCCGUGCCAAAGCUUACACCAACUACAAUAUGUUGCAACAGAGCAAUUCACGAUACUCAAAGAUCUAUUUAAUACUGGAAACAUGGAGAUGGAACGUCAGAUGGGUAUCACUAAUGAGCGUAUCCAUUGGAUCCUACUCAUAUCCGGAAGCAUUUUGGCUGAUGCGGGCGAGGGUGAAAAGCCUCUGAUUCCAAAUUCAUUAAUGCACCUAUCAGGCAUGCAGGCUUUGGCCGAAGAUCAAGUCGUCAACCUGUCCAACACAUUUUUAGAAAUGCUGCAGUACUUGUCGGGAUGGGGCACCACCACUAUUCAAGCUACAUUCUGUAGUCCGCAAGUAGCUGAAACGCUAAUUUGGUACAUGGAGCGUUGGAGUAAGUCGUAUCUUCUCAUAGAUGAAGAAGACUAUGGAUAUGUUAGCCCAAAUAUUGCUCGACAAUUUGGUAAACCUGGCCCUUCCGAAGGUGAAGGCCAGCGAAUUGUAAGUUUCCUCAUUGAUCAAAUCAAAACCAAUUUUGGCAUGUGGAAUGCAGACGAAGAUGUACUCGUCCAGAUCAUUAGAUGGUUGAAUACAUGUGGUAUGAGUCGAAAUCUCAAGAACGGAUUUCUACAUGCAGGUAUGAGGCUUUUCGUGAUGGAAGUCCUUAGGGUGGCGGUCAUGUUCUAAUAGCGCUCUUAUCGGAAUGCAGAGAAUUUCCCUGGCUUCAUAGAGUUUAUUGCACAAAACCUGGAGCAUCUUCCAGAAGUUGUCCAUAGGUAAGGCUAUCGUGUGUAAACCUUGAUUUGUCGAUCAGCGCACCCUUACACCUAAUUCAUUGUGCAACAUUAGUCCCUUGAUCAAAACUGUCGUGGGCAUCGCCAGUGGUUCGCAAGAUGUUCCGCUUCGCGACAAGUACCUUAGCUUGAUAUUUG